GUAUAUCCCAGAAAGAACAAAAUUCAUAACAAAGGUAAUUUAAGUGAAGAACUGAAAACAGUUUCAUCUGAUAAAGAGGAUGUUCCAUGUUUAGGCAAACCAAAGAAUGCCUAUAAAAAAACCAACAUGGCAAAAGCUACAAGCUGCAAAUUUGUGCCUGCAAGAAUUUCAGAAAACACAAAGAUUCCUCCUACCCCUUGCUUAGAAUUUAGUGCUGAACAAGAAAGAAUUAACAACAUUAAACAAAAUAUUUCUGCAAGUGAUCAGUUGAAAUUCUGGGCUGCUAAAAAUGAAGGUACAUUUAGUAAUAAGCUGUUUCCAUCCAAAGAUAACAGGGUUCAUUCUUCAGAUAAACAAGAAGUGCAAAGCUUUUCCAGUAAUUCAACUUUGGCAGCAUUUUUAUGUAAAAGGUAUGUGCCUGCCAACUGUAGUUAAAUAUGUAUAAUUUAUAAUCCUGUUUUUUAAUUAAUUAUUAUUAAGGUAAUUAAGUACAGUUCAGUUUUAACCAUGAUGGAAAUAAUGGAAUAUUUUAGUUAAUUUAUUAUGGAUUUAUUAAUAAAUAAUACCAACUAAUAGUCUUUAGUUGACGCUCUCUCUUUUAUAUAAGUAUAAGAGAUACUUGAUCAGGGAAAAGUUAUAGUUUCUUGACCAUUAGUAAAGAGCUACUAAUGACUAACUAAAAAAGAAUUCAUACCCAUUUCAACAAGGGUAAUGUUAUUAAAUUAAAAUCUAUUUUCAUUCAUUUUUCUGGUUCAUCAUGAGAUUCAUGUACCUGUACAGCCAAUAGAUUUUUGUGGGGGCAUACCCUUGAUAUGUUUAAAAUUAAGGAAUUAUUUAUAAAAAAUUAGUUAUUUUGGGACUAGUAAUGAAAGGACAUAAUGUUCAUAAGUUUAACAUGUCAUAACUAUAGUAGAGUACUGCAAUGUCAUUUCAGAUCUGAUGUGAAGAGCUACUUUCCUGUUAAAAAGGUACUGGUAAUGUUUUCAUUGUCCUGACCCCAGCAAAUUUAAAAAUACUGUGGCACCUACUAUACAUGAAUGAUAUAUAUAAAUAUAAUGAUGUAUAUAAUGCUGUCAUGCAUGGCUCCCAAAAUUUCAUACAUUCAUUUGCUUAAGGAAAUUGCAUUUUUUCAAUGAGGGGAAAGUAUGUUAUUUAACUUUAUUUUGGGGAUGAUAUUUUUAUACGGUAUAAUAUUAAUAUGAUCGUGUGUGCUUCCUGGAAUUUUAAUUUACAAUAAACAGCAAAAGCUGUAAAUAUGUUGGGGUAGUUCAUGUUACCCAUAUUACUCGUAUUACCACAGUAUUACUGGUAUAUGCAGAGAGUUGAAAGCAAAUAAUGAUAGCUUUAAAGUUUUAAAAUUCCAAGGCUAUUCACACAGAAUCAGGGCUUCUGUGACUGUGAGACUGGGUUAUUUAUGUACUGUAUGUUGGUAGUCUCUCAGGCGCAUAUUAUUUACAAGAAUAGGUUGCUUAAAAAUAUUGUGGAAGUAAAAUUCUGGAUUAAUGAAACCAUGCUCCUGACACGAUUCCAUUUUAUGGACCCCAUUUUCACUUUAGAUGGGUUACACGGCCCUUCAUUAGAAACACUUUGAACAAGCUAUAGGCCUUGUUCUUCGUUAUUUAGUAAAAAUUAAAUAACAUUAUUUUUAAAGUAAUAUUUUUAACAGGGAGAGUCAUUGCAUGCAUAGUCUUAAAUUUUUAAGGUUUCUAAUUUCUAGAUCCCUAGACCUUUUCCUUAAAUAUAAUAAUUAACUACGGUACCUGGUAAGCAGAGUUUUCAAAAGAAUAGAGAUAAUUUAAACAAUGUCAAUGUCCAUUGUUUUGAGUGAAACUUUCACUUUUAGAGUUAGGCAGUCAUUAAUUACUGGGGUCAAGAGUUUUUUUCUGCCCACCAACUUAGCAUUUCCCUCUGGAGAGCUCCCCUAAAAUUAGGUUUUGGGGAAUCUUGUCUAGCAUUUAUGUUAAAAUGCCAUGCCCACUUGGCUUAUCCUUGUAAGAGCAUGUGGUGCUGAUAGUUUUUUGUAGGACCUCUGAAUCAGGGUCUUAGUCCUGCCACCUUACGUGCAAUAGACCCAAAUGGUAGUACUAGAAUCUUUGCUGUCUAGAGCUUUUUGGCAGAAAUGUCCACUUUGUGUUGACCUUUUACUUUACAGGUUUUCCUCUACCCUUUGUAUGGUAUAUUUCUUCUUGAUUUAACCUGAAAGCAGUCCUCCCUUAUUUCUCUUGCUAAAUUCUAUUCUUUAAUUUUAAUCUCAAAUACUUGAAAAAACAUGAUAAUGAUAGGAUGCUCUAUACUAUUACCAUUCUUAUGUACCAGGUACCAGUACCCGUAUGUCUAUACUUUUCAGAUUGACAGUUGUAAUUCAUCUCCAACACUGUCUAUCACAGAAGUGACAAUAAAAAACAUAAGAGGACCUUUCAGAAGUCGAACCCCUCAAGGUAAUAGUAAUAUGAAUCAACCUUUCACACUGCAAUUUUUAUCAGAUGUCAUUUGUUUGUAGUUUAUUUUAGUUAAACUGAAGAAGUAAGUUUACAAACGUUUAUAGUCCAUUCAAUAUUUCAUUUGAUACCUCAUUUUGUCUUUUGUCUUACAAACUCAACAAUAAUAAUAUUUUGAAUCGUUUUUUAAUCCCAACCUCUCACUUCUGGUACCCAAGUACAAAUAGCCACUUAGAAUCUAAUUAGAAAGAAAAAAAAAGCAGUAAAAUUUGUCUUAACUGAUACUUUGUAAACUUUUUGGCCAGCUUUAUACUACACAGUAAUUACAUUUGUAUAGCACUAGCAGUAAUAAUGGGACUAAUUAUUUAACUCAAAAAACAAAAUUGCCAAAAAUACAGUUUCUCCCAGUUUGUACUACUACUACUACUACUAAUACCGUAGCUGCUUCUUUAAAAUAUUUCUUUGGUAAUUUUCAGAGCCCAGACACAGUACCAUGCCAAGAGAUGUAACUCUUAGUCCAGCACCAACCUUGUUAUCACAGAUUAGCAGCUUAAUGUGAAGUUAUAUAUUUUUACCUAUUCUUUUAGUUGACAGUUUCUUCCAUGGUUAAAAAAUACAUUUUAAUUCAGAAUUCUGUGUCAUUUAAAUCAUCUGUAAACACUAAGA